GGCGUCUACGGCGCGGAGCUUUCGAGCGCGAUGAUUUCGAGGGCAGGCUUCCAGGUUGCGCCCGGGAACGAUGGAGAGAGCUCGAUCGCGGCGCUGAAGCGCCAGGUGGGCAGGCUGCUGGCGAGCAGGCCCGAGGCGGAGGUGGGCGCGUGGAACUCAGGCGUUGAUGAUUCGCACUCGAAUGGGAUGGCGGAGCGCGCAAUCCUGGAGGCGAAGGCGAACGCGAGGAAGUUGCUCAACGACCCCCCGCUGGUCGCGCGGAUCGCGCGGCGGGCGGCGAUGGCCAUCGACGUGGGUCGUCGCGGCGUGGGUGGCAAGGCGCCUCAGGAGAGGCGUCGCGGGAUGCCCUCCAAGAUGGCGUUCGGCGAGUUCGGCGAGAAUGCGUCGCCCCUGCAUGUCGGCGCGAGGGCGAGCAGGCUGGGGGCGAGGUUCAGGCCCGGCGUCUACUCGGGGAUCGCCGAGGACAACAGCGACGCGCUCGUCGGGGUCCCAACUGGCGAGGAGCUCGAGGGUUGCUUUGGGAUUGACUCGGAGAUGGGGCGGAAGCUGGGCUCGGAGUUCGAUUCGCCGCUGAGCCAGCGGCGCCACCUGAAGGAGCAACCUGCAGCGCCUGGGGCGCUGGGCGCGGCGCCGUUGCGCGCGUGCAUCAAGAGGGGCGACGUGGACAA